AUGGUGGCAAAUAUGAAAACCCGCGACUGGCUUGCAGCGCCUCAGUACCAGCAUCAAGCCGAGGAGCAGGGCGGCGCUUCUCAGGCUCUUCAACUGUCUCCCUUUCACGCAGUGCGCAUUUUGCAAGCUUUCCUGCCUCCUACUCCAAAAACUCAUUCAGACCGAGACUACAACCCUAUCCUUCAGGCCGAGAGCGUAUCAUCUCAUGGAUCAAAAUCGUCUGCUUCUCCUCGCGAAGCGACGCCAAAGCAGGACACAGAGGAAGACUCACCUGUGCCGGCGGCCGCUUCUUUCGGAGAGGAUUCGCUCGUCUAUCUCACGCUCAAUGUGGCAGCGGAUCUCAAGCGGGAGAGUGUACGUGGUGUAUGUACACUGCAACAUGGAGUUGGCAGCAAUGUGCGCCUUGCUGUCUUUUGCCCUGAUGAUGAGGCUCCUGCCAUGCUAGCGCUAGGAGCAGACUACGCCGGAGUGGACGCACUUCUGCCUCGCAUUGCCAAAGGGUGGGUGGGCUUCGACAAGACUUUGGCGGUUGCCAGUGUCAUGCCGAAGCUCCUCAAAGUCGCUCGCAUCCUCGGUCCGCGGAAACUGAUGCCCUCUCCGAAAUCUGGGACUGUCGUGACGAAUCUGUCGGAGGCCGUCCGCGCAGUCAAGAGUGGAGAGGCCGUCGAGUUCCGCGCCGAAGGCGACGCAGGCGAGGUUCGCGUCGUGGUGGGAAGGCGCGACUUCGAAGCCUCGCAGCUGCUGGAAAAUAUAAAAUGCGUCGUAAAAGAGGUUUUGAAGGCGCGGCCGCGAUCCAGCGGAGCGAAACAGGACGAGGCGACGCAGGCGUUUGCGCAGGCGUUUGUGUGGCCCCCUCUUCACUUCGUCGAACGGCGGCGACGAAUCUUGAUGGAGAAGAAUCUUCUGCCAGCUAUCCCAGAGCUCGCUGGCGGCCGGGCGCGCCAGCAGAAGGCCAACGCAGAUGCGUUCAUUGUCGCCGGAGCUCUGUGGGCGCAGGGGACGCCGUCGAUUCAGAUGGAUCCCGCGCAGCUCUUACCCACUUCCGUCGGCUACUACCGCUGA